CCAUCGAGCGCGUAUUAAAAGUAUCGUGUUUGUGCAAAAUUAUUGUGUUCAAUAAUUUUCCGAAGAUUUCUUUCCAGAAAUCUAACAUUCACCUAGUUUAGAAAGUGUACGUGCAGUCACCUUGUCCUUGGAACAUCCCGCUAAACAGCACCGUAGCCAUGGGAACGAAGCGCAAGGCCGAAGACGAGAUCCUUGAAAUUCCCAGCGACGACGACGAUGGCGAUGAUAGCGACGUUCAGAUCCAGGAAAAGCCAAUCCUCAUAGUUACCGUGGAUGAUGACGAUGCAUCUCCAAAACAGAACCCAUCACAUUCCACACCGUUGAGACGAACCCCCGAAGGUGAGGAAUCCAGACAUAACAGUAGUAGCAUUUCCCUCGCAACGCCUCCCCCUCCUCCUAACAUAAGUAAUCGAACGGAAUCGAGCGAAAAGCUGGAAAAGCAUCCCAUCCCAGCGGAAAAGAUGAAUGAUAACUUGCUGCUGAGUAUGAAGUUUCGGGAUCAGGAACUGUUCGACCUGUUCAAAGGUUCACUUACGGAAUACCUCAAGACAACGUUUCAGCUUAAGAUGGGCGGGGAAGAGGUGGAAGUUGUUCAACAAGCGGAUCUAGUUUCCCUUCAGGUACUUACCAAAAGUCAUCGCCAGGUUUCGUCGGCACCGUCGGCUUUAGCGGAAUGCGUUACACCGCUGCUGAAAGUGGAAAAUACUGACGCGAAAGACGAUACCGAUGGAAUGUUCGUCAUAGAUUCAACACCGGCCAAAACGGCCAAGGGAGGUCCGAUCAUUCCCAGCUACAAGAAAGCUCUUCAAAAGGUACUGGACAAUUCACCUUCAGCAGCGGCAGAAAGUGCCACCAAGAGACCGAAACCGAGGCAGCUCUGUUGGAACUGUGACGGCGACCAUGGGCUAAAGGAUUGUAAGGAGCCACGGAACUUUGCCAAAAUCGAUAAGAUGAAGCAAGCGUUCAUGAAAACAAAAGACCGAUACCACGUGGAUCUGGAGCAGAAGUAUGGACAUAUCGUACCUGGUCGAAUGUCGACUGAGUUGCGCCAAGCCCUCGGUUUGAGAAAACGAGAUCUUCCGGUGCACAUUUACCGUAUGCGACUAUACGGUUACCCUCCCGGCUGGCUCGAGGAUGCAAUAAUUACCCACUCCGGACUGCAGCUGUUCAAUUCGAACGGAAACGCCGUUCAGGACUCGGACGAAAGCGAUGGCGAAGUGGACAAUGUCAAGCUGAAGUACGACGUCCGAAAGAUUAUCAGCUUUCCCGGUUUCAACAUCGAUUCGGGCGAUGGUUAUAUUGAUAAUUCUAAGUUUUACGGUGUUCCCCCACGAAUGGGUCAUCAGAGCCGGGACGAAAUGAUCAGGAAUCUGGAGGGAACGCUUGUGCAAGGGUAUCGGAGGAAAAAACUACGACUGGAGAGUACUGAACAUGCGGAUACCGAUCGGGAUCCAGCCGAUAUGGAUUUGGACAACCAAGAGGACAGUUUUAUGACAGUGGACUCGGUGGGCGAUUGCGACAAGUUGGAGCGUAUCUGCGCCGAUAGCCAGUCAAGUUCACUGCCAUCGUUUAACGGAAGCGUUACCGGUCGGCCGAAGGUGGUGGAUGAUGAACCGGAAGAAGGAGAGGUCGACGAUGAAGAGGAACAGCAACAACAGCCGAAUAGGAACGGAAAUGAGAAAAAUUACAAUGACGACAGCUUGAUACUGGUGGAGGAGGAGACGGAAGUGAUCUGUUUGGACGACUCCCGGCCCGAUUCGCCGUCGCUAGACGAUUUGAGAAGAAAACAGGAAGAACUUUUAAAGCAACUGGAAGCUCAGUCACCCCGCGUUCAAAACCCUGCCGACUUGACGAAUGACGACUCGCUCCUGGAGGACGUCCUAAUGGCCGAAAGGUUGGCCGAAGAGCAGGAAUCGGGUGGAGCCUCAUCACAAUCAGCGCCAGCAUCCACUACCUACCCGUUGUUGCUGCCGUCGCGUCGACGCAUGUUUCCGAUUGGCAUGAUGGCACCACCACCUCCGCCCCCACCGCUUCCGUCGGACACAAACGGUGCCGAACGUCCGCCGGAGCCGGAAUUUUUCAAUCUGGACGAAAUCAAAAUGAGCAAAGUCCCAUUCAUCGAUGAUCCCGCCUCGAUGGGAUUGAAAAAGAUGUCCCUGGGGACGCCCAUCCUGACGCCGUUUACGCCAUUCAACACGCUGCCUUGCGGAGACGCAUUUUCCAAAGGUGUUAGCGAUGUGAUUAAUUUUGAAAAUUUGCCCAACUCCACCGGCAAGUACGAACGGAUGAAAUCCCUUUUGUCGAAGGUGCGGAACGUCAUUAGUGUGCACAAUGGCGUGGCGGACGGUGAAAGCAGAUAACCGGAGUGGCAGGUGGAGGAAGAUUGCGCAUCGUUGAGUGAGGAAGGUGGAAUUGAGUGAAUGUGUGACUGUUUUUUUAGCAUUAAACAGAGAUAAGCAUGAAUUGGGACAUCAUUUUGCGUUCAAAUCGAUUACACUUUGUAUGUGAGAAAUCUUUACCUUCAUCUUGAAAGAUGAAGUAUAGCCGUA